AUGCAACUCAAGUCUUUUGUUCUCACGCUACUUCCGCUACUAGUGGAAGCAAGUCCAACUAUCAGAAACGAUGGAGUCGCCUCGCUAGCCGUGAACACCAGCUCUGGCAUCUUUGCUCCAUACUUCUCCAAACAUCAACCAAAAGUCGCAUCAUUCCUCGACAUUCCCUACGCAGAAACACCAAUUGGAAACCUCAGAUUCGCACCUCCAGUAGCGAAGCACUACCCCGGCGAUGAAUUGGUCCACACCACGGAACUUCCUGUUGGAUGUAUCCAAUAUGUCGUGCCUUUACUAAGAGGAGCUGUUGGUGAUGGACCCGUCACCGCUGGGACAUUUCAACGUGGAGACUACGCGAAUACAACUGAAGAUUGUCUCAAACUUUCACUCUUCUCUCCUGAGAAAGCCAUUCGCCGAGAUGAGGGUGACAAGUCUGAAGCGCUACCGGUCAUUGUCUGGAUCCACGGAGGAGGUUAUUCCGUCGGCGGCACCAACGUCCCUUAUCAACUUGCCCCAAACUGGGUGCAACGCUCCCAAAAGCACAUAGUCGUCCAAGUGCAAUAUCGUCUCAACCUUCUCGGUUUCCCUAACGCUGCAGGUCUAGCAAAGGAAGGCAAGAAUCUCAACCUCGGCCUUCUUGAUCAACGUCUCGCUGUUGAAUGGGUCCGAGAUAACAUCGCCCGCUUCGGAGGCGAUCCUAACCGAAUUACGCUUUGGGGUGAAAGCGCUGGGGCUUAUGCUGUUGAUGGAUAUCUUUUUGCUUGGGCUGCCGAUCCUAUUGUGAAGGGCGUCAUGGCGGAUUCCGGGAAUGCUUUGGCUAUCGAGGGAGUGCUUGGCGAUGCGAAGAAUCAUACUGGGUUCACUAAAUCUGCGAAAGCUUUGGGCUGUGGAGACUUGUCUACUGAUGAGGAGUUAAACUGCAUGCGAAAAGUUCCUGAGAGUGAGUUGAAGAGGUAUCUCCAAGCGGGGGUCGGCCAAGGAGGUGCUGCUGCUGAUGGCCUCGGCGUCUCGGUUGUUCCAGACAACAUCACGGUGUUUUCCAACUAUACUGAGAGGCUCUCCAAGAACUCCCCCAAGUAUCCUGUUGGCAUUCCCCUUCUGAUCGGAACCAACACCAACGAAGGAGCUGCUGUCAUUCCAUAUAACUUCACCGGCUAUAAAACGGCAACGGAGAUACCAGACACUCUGAAACCUGUUGCUGACGGAUUCGGAAUAAAUCUGCAAUGCACCACUCUCAAAGAGACCCGUCUCAGAGCUCAAGCAGGCGCUGCGACUUAUCAAUAUCUCUAUGGUGGCAAUUUCACCAACAUCUCGCCUUUGCCAUGGCUAGGCGCUUAUCACACUGCGGAGUUGCCCCUCAUCUUCGGAACAUACGGUGAUGAAGGGCCAUCUACUAAGUUCGAGCGCAGGGUGAGCGAGAGAAUGCAAGAUUUGUAUUUCAAGUUUGCUAGUGAUCCCGCGCAUGGAUUGGAGAAGGCUGGAUGGCCAGUGGCAGAGUCGAGGGUGGAGAGAAGUAAGCUCGUCAAGUGGGCUACUGAUGGUAAGGUUGAACAGAUUGUGGGAGUACAAGAUUUGGUGAAUGAGUGCAUAGAGAAAGGGUUUGCCGUGUAG